ACCUCAUUUCUCAAGACCCAAAUCAUAAAAGAUGGAUGAGAAGGAACUAGACCAAACGCGUAAGAUAAUUAAGGAGUUGAUGAAAGCACUAGAAGCGACGGGCAUGGCAAGAGAAGCUGUGGCUGUAGAGUCAUACCUCAAGACCAAAAUCAAAAACAUAAGGGAGGAGAAAGGAGACAAUAUUCGGAAGGUAAAUAAGGAGUUGGAGAUGGAUCAGCUCGCGUCCCAACUCCGUAAUGGUGAACGUAGCCACGCUGACCUUUCCCUAACCGAGAAUGAAGAUUUUCUACAAUAUACUGAGGAGAGGAUUGCAUGUUUAAAAAUACUGAGAGAUGUGCUACAGCGACAUCCUGAUGAUGCAAACGAGCCAAUUCUUGGGGAUGAUGAUGAUAAUAUCGCAAAGGCUUCUGCACCUGAAGGAGGGGGCAGCAAAUCUGGUGGUGGUGGUGGUGCGGACGAUGAUGCAUAAUGAAGCAGCUAGCCGUACGUCGAAUAAGAAACUUAAUUAUUGUGUCUUGAAAUAAAGUUUGUUGUCUGUGUCUUUGCAUGCAUGCUCAUUUCAUAUUUUCUAGUCUUUUCUUGUUGUUUUGGUCUCAUGUUUCUUGUUGUUGUGUCUUAAAUCUAAAUAAUGG